GUUGCUGUUGUGGCAUGCUUCGCUUGAUUUAGGAUCGGAGCUUCUUAUAUAUUUGCGCUGAAAAACAGUUCAUUACUAUUUUGUUCUUCACGUGAUAAGUAGUUGUUCAGUAUGACGACAUAUUGGUAUAUUGCUGUUGCUAUUCUAGGCUGUUUGGACAUUGCCUGUGCUAUUGACAAGUAUGGGUUGAGCUACAACUACUUCGACGAGAUGGCACAGAACUAUUGCGCUGCAAAGGGUGACGGCUGGGUGUUCAGUAUUAGGCGGGAUUGUAACGUUGCUCCGACAUGCAAUGACAUCUGUGCGUCAGCCAAGACCGACAUUCUGCGCACCAUCAACAAUCAACGAACUAAUGUUGCGUGUUUCGAUGCCUUUCGCAUCAUAAAAGACCACAGACAACUCCUGCCUAACCCAGCCGACUCGCAGCCGGACGCAGGAAAGGUUAGUUUCGCAACCUUUGGUUAUGGUUCCGGCGGAUGUACCUGGCGCCCUAAUCACUGUGGACCAAACUAUUGCUGUUGCAAAGCGUUUGAUUAGAACAAAAGAGCAAUAGACAAAGUUAACGGUGACAAUAAUAUAAUUUUGAUAAAUGUUUUUUUAGUUCCAUAUCUUUUUUUUAUCGUCGAACAAAAGAACAUUAAAUGCAUGAACUAAAAUUAAGCAUAUUUAUCUUGAUUUAAAAACAAACCUGUUAUUUAAUGUAUGUAUUCAUCAACGGUUUAAAUAAAUAUUGUUAUUAACUCA